AUGACCAAGGGCCCUCGGAAAGUGAAGCUAGUCAUUGUAGUCAACAAUAAGAAAGACCCGCCUACCUUUAAGACUCUAACGCCGACAUCGCGCACGCAGCUCAAACAGCAGUUGAUGCGAGAGCAUGCGCAGGAGCAGCUGCGUCGUGAAUCAUUACAAGCUCAACAAGCAGGCCAAUCCAAAGAUAAUGAAGAUAAAAAGAAGUCCAGUCCCACAGAUGUACCGCGCAUCACGCCGCACGUGGAACUACCGCCACAGGUGUUGCAGGUGCGAACAGUUUUGGAAAAUCCCACCCGGUAUCACGUGAUCCAGAAGCAGAAGAGCCAGGUGCGCCAGUACCUCAGCGAAUCCUUUACUCCACAGCCACAGGUGGCAGGCGCAGUGCGAGGCGCGCCUGUGCAAAGUGCACCGGAGUUGGGCACAAGAGCUCAGUCGCCGGAUAGGGCUUCAUCCUCCAGUCUGUUGAGUCCCGGGUUGUGUUCCGCUGGAGCUAACUCUGAAGCAGACGAGUUCCUAGAUGAUAUCCUCUCACUGGACACACCCCUAUCAUCUUCAGAGCCAGCUUCCACCACCAGCUCGUUAGCCGGCGACUGCGCCGUGCUAUGUGAUGCAGAUAUGCACGCACUUGCAAAGGACAGGCAGAAGAAAGACAACCACAAUAUGAUCGAACGCCGUCGCCGUUUCAACAUAAACGACAGGAUAAAAGAACUCGGGACCCUUCUCCCUAAAACCAACGACCCCUUCUACGAAGUUAUAAGGGAUGUACGUCCCAACAAAGGAACCAUAUUGAAGAGUAGUGUAGAUUACAUAAAGUGCCUUCGCGAUGAGGUCAAUAGGUUGAAACAAAGUGAACAGCGAAGAAAACAAAUAGAGCUUCACAAUAGAAAGCUUAUGUUGAGGAUACAGGAGCUAGAGCGUCUGGCGCGCCUGCACGGACUGCCUGUAGAAGGUUGGGCGGCGCCGCGUGACGAAGACGCGCCCUCUUUGCCUGAGGUGGUCCUGCCCAAGUCGGAGCCUGCGCCCCUGAUGGAGCUGAGCGAGGCGCCGCCCGACCUGCUGCGCGACACGCCCUCGGGGGAGGCCCUGUCCGCCCUCGACGCUCUAGACGGUCUGAAGUUAGGCUCUUGCUCUCCCCUAAGUCGAGAGGAAGGGCUCUCCUUGAGUUGUCUGGAGCCCGACCUGUGUCUGGAACCUGUAGCGGAACACCUCUUCAAUCAUAAAGACAUAAAGCAGAUGAGACUAUCCCCGACGCCGGGCCUGCUGGGCGCGGACGAGAACGACGCAGUACUCAACUUGGCGCAGAUAGAAGACCUCAUGGAUGACGAUUCACACAACCCCGUCACACAAGGCGACCCCAUGCUGUGCUCGUCGCCCACGGCGCUGGGGCUGGGCGGCGGCGACGAGCGCUCCUGCGCCUUGCUGCACAUAGACCUGUCCUCGCACGCGCCAGGUUCCUCACUCAUGUCAGAAGGCGUUAUGUCCCUUGGCUUAGGAGGUCUAGGGGGCCUCGGGGGCCUCGGUGAAGGACUUCCCCUCCUGCUAGGGGCCACACACGCCCCCCACUCCCCCCACGCACACCACCGACCCUGCUUCGAUAUGGAUCUUGGCGCU